CCACCUCCACCCUCAGGCAGACUGACCCGCCCCUCACCCGCAGGCCUACUUCCGACCUAGGGACUGGCUGACCGAUCCUCUCCCUUGGCCCUCCCACAUACCCCUGCCUCGGACAGAUUGACUCAUCCCUCACGACGAGACGACAGUACCCCCCUCCCAGCCAGGGGACAGACCGACAGUCACCUGUCCAAAUCCCACCGCUAUCACCCCGAUCUUAGGGCUGAUUGACUUUGCCGCCCUCGCAGACUCACAGAUGACUGGCGACUCCAACCCCAACAGACAUUCUCCACUUACCCCUUCUGGUGGACACACAGACCCACCUAUGCCCUUGUGUCACCACCCCACCACUCCACACCAGGGAACCUUUUGCUGACUUCAGAAGGACCUCCACCCCAUCCCAGGACAGACACCCUUCCCUCAAGACACACAGACUUCUGGGUGGACUGGCACUGGUCUGCUCCCUCACAGACAGUCCCUUCCCCUCACGGAAGGGUCAAAGAGUGCCCCCCACCCCCAGAGGCAGAUUUCGCCCCUGUCACUGGCAACAGGCAGGCAGACUCUUCCCCCUUUCCUCCCCACUUAUUCACAGCAGGACAGACUGUCAGCUCCAACAGCCACAUAGACAGGCUCUGGGUGUGCCGCCGGGUUGUACACCUUCCCUCAAAAAACACAUCUGAGGGAGGAGACAGAGAGACAGCAGAGUCUCUGCUCAUAUAGCCACCCAUAUCCCCCUCCCUCAGAGCACAAAGGCACCCAGCUGGCAGGUGAGAAAUAUGAGGCUCUGUCCCAGCUGGGCACACUUAGCAGCCACACUCUGCUGCCCAGAACUCCCUGAGCCCCGUCUUCACAGAUACCAUGUGCAUGGGCUGGCGGUCUCCCUAGGAAAGAUGGACUCCAGAUCCUACAUCCAUUACAGCUGUCUUGUCACAUGAGACUGGUGCCCUGCACAGAACUGACAAGCCUCCCUCCUGAUGUGUCUCCUUCAGCAGAGACAGCCCCUCACAAUUACCUGUGGGGUUCUACCGGCCCAGUCAUGACCCUACUCCAGAGGCUAUUAUUCUUCCUCCUCUACCCUGACCAGUUGUGACUGUCCAAAGAUCCCUCAGCCUCUCUCAUGACUUAUGGAAACGCUAUGAUAUUUGUAAGAAUUCCACGCCCCACGAGCAGCUCUAUAAAGGCCACUUCCGGGAUUUUCCCCAGCCCUGAAGCCUCUUAUUCAUCAGGCCUCUUCUCCCUUAGAGAAAUGUAGGCCCCACUUCUUAAGGAGGGUUCCCUCCUACCCACUGGCUCUGUCUCUUUCAGCCCCUCCUGUCUUAUUCACAGCAGACUAAACCUAGUCCAAGCCAGGACUCAGCACACCUCAUUCUGAUCCCGCACCCUGAUUUGAUGAUUCUUUGUCACAGUUCCCCAGGGAUUAGUUUGUGAGAACCCAAAGAGGACAUAGGGUGUGUUUCUGAGUUGGUGAACAGUCGCCAGGGAUCAGGGCCCUGGGAGAGGUAGAGUCUCGUGAACUGGGAAAGGAGUUCCCAGUUGCAUUUGUGGGUUCUUGGAAGGAAGAGCUCAGAAUUGUUGGUAAAUUCUAGACUAUGGGAAUUCCUAAUACAUGCUUCUUGGGGCAGUGAACCAGAUUUUGGUGUGCAAAGCAGUGGGAAAAAGACUUAGGAAUCACACUUACUGGCUGUGUGACUGUGGGCAAGAUCAUGAAUCUCUGAGCCUGUUUACUCACUGUAAAGGGCAAGAGUAACACCUACUUCUAAGAUUGUUGUGGGGAUUAAAUAAAAUCAAGUAUGAGAAGAUGCCUAGCACAGUGCCUGGGACAAGUAGUUGCCCAGAAAGUGUUUGUUUCCUUUCUUUUCCUUCUAAGGUUCUGAGAAUUGAGGAGAAAAAUGAAGGAGUACCUCUGGUAUUUGUGGACAGAGAGAAGGCCCAGUGGGAGCACCUCCCUAUUGCUGUUGUCCCCAACAAGGCAGCCAGACAUCUGUCUUCCCCACCCUCUAACCACAAACCCGGGAUGUGGCUCUGCAGAUGUACUCUACAUCACUGAUGUUUGUAGUGCUGGGGCUAUGGUGGGGUCCCAGGUCCACACCUCUCUCCCUGCCUCAUUUUCUUGACCCUGUUCGUCAACCUGAAAUCUCUGGCGUCUGAAACUUGGUUGUUCCACGCUUAGCUUAUGUUGUGGUUCCAAAAAGGCCAAGAGUUAAAUCCCUGCCCAAAGCCGUAAGAGGGGAAGUUAUGAAAGUUUCAGUGUGACUGCCUUAAACCCAGUCUCGUGGUUGAGGGCUAAGAGCCCAUGUGCUGUCCCAGAGAAGUGAAACAUCAGCAUUUAUGGCUGCAGUGAAGAUGGUAGGGACUCUGGCUUCAGAUUAAAGGUCCAUUUCAGCCACCCUGGGCCAAAGGUUGUCUCAAGACGGUCAGUUUUGGCAGUUACUGGGGUUUGAGGGGUAGGGAAAAAGCAGGUCAGAGGCUACCCUUGCUCAGGUGGCUGUCAGGUGCCUGGUGUGAGUAAAUCAUAAAAUCAGAGAUUGAGCUGGAAGGAAUUGUAAGAGAUUGGCCAGCCUAGCCCUUACUUAUUGUAUGGAUAAGGAAACUGAGGCUAAUAGGGAUGGCCUAGACAGGGAAAGAAUGUGUUGUCACUACCAAUUCAUUAGACUGAUCAACUGCUGAUCUGGGACCAGUCAUAUUCACCUCUUUCUCCUCAGUAUCUAAUGUAAAACCUGCAGUGAAGUAAAUGCUCAAUUAAUAUUUAUGCACUGAAUGACAUUUACUGAUAGACAUUUCAAGUCAGAAAUGUCCAUCGUCAUGCAGAUAAGUACAUUGAGGCUUAAGAGAAGUGAUUAGCCUCAACUCUUCAGACUCUUAGGAGCAAAGCUAGGAGUUGAACCCAGAACUCUUCAUUCCCAGACCUUGGCUCUUUCCACUUUUUUUUUGCUUUGUCUCUUGUGCCUACUCUGCAGAGAACCUUUGGUGGGCCUGAGAUGGCCCCUUGAGCAGUAGCCACUAAGUAGGGAGAGGCAAGAAGGUAGCUAGCCAGUUAAGGGCCCUGUGGGUGGCGUGGGCACAGAAAAGGGUGCUGGCAGCAUCAGUUCUUUUGGUUUGUCUGGGUUGGUUGGGGGACUGAACUGGGCUAUGAAGCCCAGGCAGGACCAGAGAGGGAGAAAGAGGUUCUCAGCAGGGAAGGAUGGGAGGAGUUCCUAUUCCUAUCCCUUUGGGUUAGGAGGAGCAGACUUAUUUGGGGUUCUUUCUACAGCAUAGGUGGGAGUCAGGAAGGGAGGUGACAAUUGGAUACCAGGCCUCCUAGCCCGGGAAGUGGCCUGAGAGAGGAGCCUCACUGACUUCUCUCUCCUUUUCUCAUGUUGAUUGUCAGGGCUUCCCAUCCAGCCUUAGUCUGCUCAGAGUUGCAGGCCACAUGAGGUAAGGAGCUAUGUUCUCUGGAAUCCCUUGGGCAUCUACUUCCUGUUAGGGAAGUGAGGGGUCUGAGCUGGGCCCAGGGAGAAACAUCUGGAACAGCAGUGUUGCCUUCUGCUGGUUCAUUUCCUCUGGGCCCCCUGUUGCUUCUAGCCAACUAUGGCGGCCCUAAGACUUUGGAAAUUGUAGAACUGGCUUAAUUGGUAUCUCUGUAGUUUGGUUUGUACCAGUUUUUGUUGGGGUGGGGCCAGGGCCCUCCUGGUAGGCUGGAGCCUACCUCCCUGCCUCCCCACCACUUUCUCCAGUCUGUAAGCUCAGAGCAUCCUUUUUUCUUGAGCUAUUACAGAUCCCAGGAGAGCAUGGAACUGGCAGUGCAGUGGCCCCUGGGUGGUCCAUCUGGAAGGAGGCAACUGUGCAUGUGGGGUCCUGCCUUGUCUGUGACUCUAGACUACAGUACCUCCCAUUUUCUCUCCUCCUUCCCUCCCCUAGCCUCAAGGGAAAAUCCAGUUUGGUGGCCAUGUGGGAGUUCAAGGGCCUCAAACAAGACUUGACUUGGUGAGGGAGAGGGCUGGUAUACCAGCUGCUGCCCUGGGAAGGUGCCUGUGUGUCUGCCUGCUAGGAAACCCUAAGCUGUGGGAAAGAGAUAAGGCAAGUGGGCCUGCUUGAUGUUUUGUCCUCUCAGCAUCUAAAUCUGAAACAGGACCUCCAGAGGGGCAAUCAGGCCUGGCCCUGGUCCAGCUGCCCAAUCUGUUUACCAAGGUAGGGUAGGGAAGGUGCUUAGUGUUUCCUCCUCACAUGAGCUUUGGAGUCUCUCUGUGUGACCUUGGACACCUUACUUCACUUCUCUGAGCCUCAGUUUCUCACCUGUGUAAUGGUUGUUAUAAUACUGACUUUUCAAGGUUAUUGUGAUGUUUAAAUGAGCUGAUGUUUGAAAAGAGCCUGGCACACAACAGGUGUUCAAUGAAUAUUCUGUCUUUUAAAGUCUGGAGUAGCUAGUCUUUUCUUUCUCUACUUCCCAUUUUUAACAGCGAUGAUGACUGUCUGUGAAGCGCAGUCCCUGUGGGCAGGAGAUUGAAUGUCCCUGUGAACCCUAUCUUUCCCCUGUGAGGGGUGGUUAAUCUCAUUCCGUAGAUAAACACACUGAAGUCCAGAGCAGAAAGUACCCUAGAUUUGCUGGAUGGUAAAUGGUGGAACUGGGACUAGAACCUGUUUCCUGACACUGAAUCCAGUGACUAAGCCUUGCUAGGGUGGUAGUAGGCAGGGCGCCAAGUGCUCACCAGUCACUGAGGCCCCCACCCCAGCGUAGGAGUUAGCAGGAACCUGACUGCCUCCCCAUCCCAAUGUGGAGGGCAAGACAGGCCCCAGUCCAGUGCAAGUCCAUGGCCAUCCAAGUCAGAGGAAGGCCCGUUGAGGAAGAUCCUUGGGGAGGCCCUGGCAGUAUGGCCAGAUUGGGCCUGGUCUUAGUCCUUCCACAGACCAGAGUCUAUAUUGCGUUGGUCUUGGCGCCAAAAUGCUGUAUGAUGGCUAUUUGACUUUGCUGUUUAAUCUGUGCCUUUUGGAAGAAGUGUUUCUUUAUAGGUAAGGCAGGGAUUUUGCUUCUUGUACAGGUGAGGAAACUAAGGAUUGUAGAUGCCUCACAGUUAACAAUGGAGCCAGAUCAGGGAGGGAUCCCAGGUCUUCUGCCCAGUGCCCCUCCACCUACGUGGCAUUGUCUACUCUCUUUCUCAUCAUCAAGCCAGUUGAACCUCCAGGUCCAGGAUGUAUUGCCCACCAGAGCAGACCCUGUCAUCAUCUACCCAUUGCCAAACCCUAGGUGACCGCUUUCUUUCAGGCAGUACAACUUGAGGGGAGGAGGUCUCCCUCAGCUGGUUUGUCUGCCCCUGGUAAAUAUGCUGCUAUUCUGGGGCCUGGCAGGAAGGAAACUGUGUUGACUCCCUCACUAGCAAAUCAACCUGCUGAUGCUUAAGCAAGCUCUUAAGAAGCCACCUAUCCAGGAUUUGGGCAGCUCUCAACUUUGACUUUUGUUAUCUUUCUCUUUCCCUUCCCUAUCCCUUCUGCCCUAACCCCCGACCCUACUCCAUUUCAUGCCCCAUUCAGCUGCACAGAGGGCUGUACAGCUUAGUUCUGCACUUCUCUUCAGGUGUAGAAGCAGGCAGCUGACUCAGCAGCCUGAGAGAAAAAGCCAAGCCAAUUUUUUCAUCUAGCAGUGAGGUUAUUUACCAAACAUUUAUUGAGCACUUACUCUGCCAGACCCUAUGAUUGGUACAAUGGAUACAGAACAAAAGAAGACGUCUAUGUCUUGUUGACCUCAAAGGUUCAUAGACUGUUUGGAAAAUAGAUCCACAAAUAAGUCAUUGCAAUAUUGAGUGAUAAAGGCAAUCAUUGAGGUGUGUGGAUGCUCAAAUUCUAGAGGAAGCAGUAGCCAGUGUUGCCUAUAGGAGCCCAGAAAGAGGAGGUGACAUUUGAUUCAAGCCUUAUAAGGGGCACAAAAGGCAUUCUGUGUGAGGGAAGAGAAUGUGCAAAAUUCCCCCAAAAGCCAGGUGUUUGAGAAAUGUGGUGUGCCAAGAGCAGAGGUGGCUAGAAGAGUGGAGGCAGGGGGAGGCUAGGGAAGCAGGAUGGGGAGACUCUACCUGGCCUUGAAUGUGAGCCUGAGGCCUCCUGUGUUUCAUAAAGAUUAGUCUGAUGCCGGUGUGGGAGAUGGUAUGGAGAGGAGUCAGAGUGCAGGCAAGAAUACCUGUUAGGAGAGUCCAAGACAGCCCAAAAGGGUUAUGGUGAGGCCUGGAAAAGGUCUGAAACUGUGGGGAUGAAGAGGCUGGUAAAUCAGUGCCUGAUUGGCUAUGUGGACUGAGGGGGAGGUGGGAAGGCUCUGGAAGCCUUAGGACAACCUGAAGUGGCCCUGGCCUCUCAUAGGACUCAUCCUGGUGUCUUCUGCCCACAGGGAGGGAAAACCAGCUGUGGCCUCCCUCCGAAGUGGACAGUGGACUUCUGCUGACUCUACUUUUUUGAUAGUCUUGGGCUCUCGAAGGUGUCUCGCAUGGCUAACACACAGAACACACCAAGCAGCUCUUUGUCUCCCUCCAGUAGGAGAGCAGGUUAGCUGACCUUGUUGUGAACGAUACCAACCUUUGUCGUCUCUGCCCAGUAAAUAUAUUGGAUGGCAGAGAAUGCUGCAAGGAGAGCUAGGUUCCUCUCUAAAGAGAGAAAAGUGAGGCCUGAGGACAUAGAAAACCUACCUUAAGGUGGUGGCAGCUGGGGAUAGUGGGUUUGGGCCAUUGGGCAGAGCACAGACUGAUCAAGGGGAGGCAGAUGGCAGCUGUUGGCUGGCUUAACCUAACAUAGCCUUUUUUCUGUCCUGGUCCAUGGCCUAUGAGAAGGCAAAUUUCUCAGCACCUAAGGGCACUACCAGCAGUUUCUCAUAGAGGAGAGAUUCUGGCUAGAAAUACGGAUUUAGGCUAGUGUAUGGGAAAGGAAUAUGAACUAGGUACAGGCGUCAGGGUACAUGGUGUCAGCUCCACCACUGGCCCUUGUGGUGUAUGACUUAGGCACAUUCCCUUGCUGACCAUGGGGCUAAUGCUCCUUGUUUUUUCAUCCAACACUUUCUGUGUGUAUGCCCUGUGCUAGGCUUAGGGGUAUAGACAUUGUCCUCACAGGAUUUACAACCUAGGAGGGAAGUAGACAUUCAACAAGUAGUUACAGGUGUGGUGUUACAGAUUGAAUUGUGUCCCCCAAAACUGUGUGUCAACUUGGCUAGUCCAUGACUCCCAGUAUUGUGUGAUUGUCCACCUUUUUGACAUCUGAUGUGAUUUUCCUAUAUAUUAUAAAUGCUACUUCUGUCAUGACUCAGUCUGUAAGGUUAGGUUGUGUCUUAAGUCAAUCUCUUUUGCAAUAUAAAAGAGAGAAGCAAGCAGAGAGACAGGGGGGCCCUCAUACUGCCAAGAAUCAAGAGCCAGGAGAAUAGUGCAUCUUUUGGACCUAGGGUCCCUGUGCUGAGAAGCUCCUUGACCUGGGAAGAUUGAUGACAAGGACUUUUCCCCAGAGCCAACAGAGAGAGAGGAAGCCUUCUCCUGGAGCUGGUACUCUGAAUUCAGACUUCUAGCCACUAGACUGUGAGAGAAUAAACUGUUUGUGAGAGCCAUCCACUUGUGGUAUUUCUGUUAUAGCAACACUAGAUAACUAAGACAGAAUUUGGUACCAGGAGUGGGGUACUGCUGUAACAGAUACCGAAGAUGUGGAAGUGGUUUUGAAACUGAAUGGAUAGAGGCUGGAAGAGUUUUAAAGUGCCUAAUGUAGUAAAAGCCUAGAUUGCCUUGAAGAGACUAUUGGUGGAAUUAUGGACAUCAAAGAAUUCUGGUGAGGACUCAGAAGGAAAUGAGGAGAGCUGUUACACUGGAGAUGGCGCAAAUGACUAGAAGCAGCAGCAGAAAAAUGGCAACAGCAGAACCAGGAGACCAGUGUGAGACAGUGCUGGAGCUGUCCCAUGGAGCAAGAGAGCUGAGUGCUUUUGGCAGGAGGCUUCCUGGCGGAGUGGGCCACCCUUGAGCACUUAUUGGUAGAGCUAGGUUUGCUGACCCAUGGAGCGAGAGAGCUUGAGUACCUUCUGCUGAAGUUUACUAAUGGAGUGGGGGUGCCUCCAGGCACUUAUCAGCAGAGCAACAGAGCUUUGGAACACUUGCCCCAGCGGGGCAGACGCAGCUGGUGAGGCUCGAGGGGCCAAGAGGCCAAGGAACCAGGAAGCAGCAGCUGAAGAGACAAGGAGCACAAGAAGCAGAGCUGCUUCAGUCUCAAAAGGCUGGAGGAAGUCCCCCUGGAGGUACUGAGGCAGAGGGAGUCCAAGUGGCUGGAUAUGCUCAACAACUGGGACAAAUGGAUGGCCAAGAAGCACAAAAAGAUUCGUCUUCGCUGCCAGAAGGGCAUCCCGCCUUCCCUGAGGGGCCGAGCAUGGCAGUACCUGUCAGGAGGCAAGGUGAAGCUCCAGCAGAACCCUGGAAAGUUUGACGAGCUGGACAUGUCCCCUGGGGACCCCAAGUGGCUGGACGUGAUUGAGCGUGACCUGCACCGGCAGUUUCCUUUCCACGAGAUGUUUGUGUCCCGGGGGGGCCAUGGCCAGCAGGACCUAUUCCGGGUGCUGAAGGCCUACACGCUAUACCGACCCGAGGAGGGCUACUGCCAGGCCCAAGCGCCCAUUGCCGCUGUUCUGCUCAUGCACAUGCCUGCUGAGCAAGCCUUCUGGUGCCUGGUGCAGAUCUGUGAGAAGUACCUGCCUGGCUACUACAGUGAGAAGCUGGAGGCCAUCCAGUUGGAUGGGGAGAUCCUCUUCUCACUGCUGCAGAAGGUGUCCCCCGUGGCCCACAAGCACCUCAGGCAGCAGAAGAUCGACCCGCUCCUCUACAUGACAGAGUGGUUCAUGUGUGCCUUUGCCCGCACCCUGCCCUGGAGUUCCGUGCUGCGCGUCUGGGACAUGUUCUUCUGCGAAGGCGUCAAGAUCAUCUUCCGGGUGGGGCUGGUGCUGUUGAAGCAUGCGCUGGGCUCACCCGAGAAGCUUAAAGCCUGCCAGGGCCAGUAUGAGACCAUUGAGCGGCUGCGGAGCCUCAGUGCCAAGAUCAUGCAGGAGGCUUUCCUGGUCCAGGAGGUAGUGGAGUUGCCUGUGACAGAGCGCCAGAUUGAGCGUGAGCACCUCAUCCAGCUGCGGCGCUGGCAGGAGACUCGGGGUGAGCUGCAGUGCUGCGCCCUGCCCCGGCUGCAUGGUGCCAAGGCCAUCCUGGAGGCGGAGCCAGGCCCCCGGCUGGCUCUGGAACCUUCGCCGUCCAUUCGCCUGCCCCCAGAUGCCCACCUCCCUGGCUCCAAAGCCAAGCCCAAGCUGCCCAAGCAGGUCCAGAAGGAAAAGAAGGAGCAGCAGAAGAGGGCAAAAGCAAGCGGCCAGGUGGGCCAGUCCCCAGCCACAGGCCAAGUUGAGGUGGCAGCUGCUGCAGGAGAUGCAUGCCCCCCACAGGACACGCCCCUGAAGGACCCAGCCCCCCAGGACUCAGCCCACCACUGCUCCCAGGAGAGUCUGACGUCCCAGGAGAGCGAGGAUACCUACUUGUAACCCUGGUAGCCCAGGCCUCCGGGGCGGGGUCUCCACACACCUAUACGGUUAACAGACUGACACUCCAGGGCCUGCCCACCCUCUGAGGGCCUGACCGCCUGGCUGGUGGGUGGGGAUGGGGUCUGACUGGUUCAUUACAGACUCUGCCUGAAGCUCCUUAUUUAUUUUCUCCAGAGUGGAGCUCAGGCGGCCCAGCCAGGGCAGGCAGAAGUGAGGGCCAAGUGGGUGGGUUCUUACUUCUCCUCCUCCUCCUGGGGCGAUGCUCCCUGGGGCUGGGCCACUGAUAUGAGGAGAGGGCGGGGUGAAGGGUUGGGUGUUCUUUGUGUAAAAUAGGAACAUGGUUUUGUACAGAAAUAAACAGACUUGUGUAGAGA